GUAUGCCAAAAUAAAAAAAAAGUGCCAAAACACAAGAAAAUCAAGAAUAAUAAGAAACCUAAAUAAAAUAUAUUAGAUCAUCUAAAAUAGAAGAAAUCGAGAAAAAAUGUUCUGAAUAUAAAAAAAUCUAAGAACAAAUAUAAGAAUUAGGUUUUCCUGUAAAUCCAGCCUCUGAUUAAGUUAUUAAAGAAUUAAUACAGAAAUAGGAUUAAGUUUAAUUAGGUAAAUAUUUAGCUUCUCAUUAUUGGGGAAAACAAUCUGAAUUACUGACCAAAAUUAAUGAAAAAUUAGUAGAACAUGGUUUUUAAGUUACAGAUGACCUAUAAUGUGAACAAAUUAUUACUAUUAAUAUCAAUAAUAACAAUAUAGGAAAAAAAUAUGAUUAUUAAAAAUUAUUUGAAUUAAAAGACACUGCUUGUCCUUCACAAUUAUUAAAUGUAGAACAUUAUAGUAGUGAAAUCAUAACUAAAUUAGUUGAAUCAACUGAUAAUCCUGAAUUAUAAUAAUUAUUGACUAUCAGAAAGAACAUCUAAGAUUUAUUAAAUAAGUUGGAUAAAAUUAGAAUGUUUUCAAAUAAAUUAUAGAAUAUUAAAUCUUAAUCAGCAGAAGAUAAACUAUUGAAAUAAUUUGACAAUUUAGAAAAAGACUAUUACCUUGUUAAAAAUACUUAAUUCAACUUUGAUAAAUUAUCCUAAUAGAAAAAAACAAAGACAUCAAAGAAAAAAGGAAACCAUAAUGAAGGUGACAAUAAUAAAGAUAUUUAAUAAGAUAAAGAUAAAAAUUAAGAAGAACAAGUUUAAAAAGAUAAUGAUUAAUAAGAUUAAAACUAAUUUAAUACUAAUCAAGAACAAUCAGAUAAAGAAAAAUAAUAAAAGAAAUCUAAACAAAGAUAACCAAAGAAUAAGGCAUAAAUAAAUGAAAAUUAAGAUGGAGAAUAAAAUCCAGAAAAACUACAAAAUAAAAAAGAAAAGAAAACAAAAAAGACAGAAGCUAAAUAAGAAAAAAUAACUGAAAAUUAAGAAUUAUAAAAAUAAAGUUAAAAUGGUAAAGAAUAAGUGGAUCAUUAAAAUAAUACAAAAAAUGAAUCAAAAUAGAAAAAAAAAAAAAAAAAUAACUAAUAAUAAAUAUUAGAAGAUCCAAAAUAAAAAAAAUUAGAUUAGUUUUUUUAAAAAAAAAAAAUUUGA